AUGCUGCACCUACUUCCACUCUCAACGCUCCUGCUAAUUACAUCGACCCUCGCCUCUCCCCUCUCGCGAACAGACUCGAAGCCACUCCCCCUUCUCAUAUGGCAUGGCCUAGGCGACAACUACGCCGCCGAUGGCCUCCACACGGUUGGCGACCUCGCAAACGAAACGAACCCAGACACAUAUGUAUACUACAUCCGUCUCGAUGAGGAUGCAGAUUCAGACCGAACAGCAACCUUCCUCGGCAACGUCACGGCGCAAAUAGCCCAAGUUUGCGAAGACAUCGCAACGCACAAAGUCCUCUCCAAAGCCCCCGGGCUAAACGCGCUAGGCUUCUCGCAAGGUGGGCAGUUUCUCCGCGGCCUCAUAGAACGCUGUGGCGACACCGUGAAGAUUAAAAACCUCGUAACGUUUGGCAGCCAGCACGACGGCAUUACCAAAUACCAGAUCUGCAAAGACGGGGACUGGCUAUGUAAGAGCUAUGUUGGCUUGUUGAAGGCGAAUACGUGGGGUACAUGGGUGCAGGGUCAUCUCGUUCCAGCGCAGUACUUCAAGUCGACGAAUGAAACCACGGGCGCGCCGACGGAGGAGUAUCUGCACAACAGCAAUUUCCUCGCCGAUAUCAACAAUGAGCGUGUCCUCAAGAACGUCACGUAUGCGAAGAAUCUGGCGGAGCUGGAUAACUUUGUCAUGUAUCUGUUCGAGGAUGAUACGACGGUCAUUCCCAAGGAGAGCGGCUGGUUCGCUUAUACGAAUUCGACGAAUGGUGAGGUUACUGGGCUGCGGGAUCGCGCGAUUUACAAGGAGGAUUGGAUUGGGCUUAAGAAGUUGGAUGAGAGGGGUGCUCUGCACUUUGAGACGACCAAGGGUGGUCAUAUGCAGCUUAGUGAUAAAGUGUUGAGGAAUGUCUUCAAGACGCACUUUUCGCCCGAGAAGGCGAGCUGGAGCGGUCUUUGGGAGGAGCUGCAAGAAGUCAUUGAGCUGUAA